AGGGCUAAAAUGAUAAGCCCAUACUGCUGUGGAAGUGUCGUAUAACAGGUUUCGGGUUUCAGAUAGAGCUAUCAAAAUUUCUUUAUAGCUUAGUUACAAUCGAACACUUGAUGGCAACAGUCGAUUCUAAAGAAAGAUAAGCGGUGAAAAUGCGAGCACAGAACGGAAGACUUUGGUCAACAUUGCACAAUGGAAAGUAUGAGCUACGCAGUUUGGCUAAAGCUGAUUUGGAGGAAGCUCUAAAUGUGCUGAAUGAUUCGUUCUUCAUCAACGAAUCAGUUUGCAAUGGUUGUGAAAUCAAUUUACCCGAAAACAUUCAAGCGCGCCAAGAGUUGCGGGAGCUUUGUCGAAUUACAGCACAGGAUGGCGUUUCGUUAAUUAUAAAACAUGUAGAAAGCGGUCGCAUUGUUGCCGUUUCCUUUAAUAAGUUGCAGUUUGCUCCACCCCCUGGAGAGGAUAAUUUCUUUGUAAAGUUUUACAAUGAGCAGGCGAAGAGUCCUCAGGCGAAGGCUCUAAUGAACUAUAUGAUUACGAUGGACGCUAAGAUCGACGUGUGUGCCGAAUACAACAUGGAUUGUGUAUGUGAGUUAAUGUUUUUGGCUACCUUGCCUGAGUUUGGCAGGCAAGGACUUGGUCGCGCUCUUGCUGAAAUCACCAUUCAGUUGGCGCGUGAAUUGAGUCAGGGGCAAGGCUUGGAGGAUGUGGCACCAGAAUUGCAAGAUAAACGACCUAAAGCGGUUACUGCCCUCUGGACAUCACUAUUUACCCAAAAAAUUGGAAAAGCUGUUGGGUUUAAAGUGCUCAACACAGUACCCUACAGUGAAUUUGAGUAUAAUGGUAAGCGUUUCGAUGAGCGUAUUAAGCCAAUACAUGAAUUUAGUGAGCAAGUAAUGUUCAAAUUGUAAA